AUGAAUGUGUUAUUAACUCCGUUUUCGAGGCCGGAUCCGUGUGUCCCAGACCACCUGCCCGGACUAUUUGGUUACAAUUCAAACGACGGGUUCGGCCGCGUUGGGGGUGACCAGCUCAAUUUUGCUGCACCAUCGGAGGACGAGGCCGAGUACCCUACUGGCGCCUAUCUCAAGAAGGCGAAGCAAGACCCGAUGUCGCACCGCAUCAUUGAGAAACGUCGACGGGACCGCAUGAACAACUGUUUGGCGGAUCUGUCGCGACUCAUCCCUCCGGAGUAUCUCAAGAAGGGACGCGGACGUGUCGAGAAGACCGAAAUUAUAGAGAUGGCCAUCCGCCAUCUUAAAUUUCUCCAGGAUCGAGCUAACGCUGCUGAUCGCCAGCUCGGCGAAGACCACUUUAGGGCCGGUUAUCAGGAUGCGGUCUCCGAAGUUCUGAGGUUCCUAGUCGAAGUACAGGGCUACGGUCCUGGUGAUGGACUCUGCGUGCAACUUGCUGCGCAUAUGCAACGACACUGUGAAGCUGUAGCUAAAGGCGAGCCUGUACCCCGCGAAAAGACGCGCUCGCACCCCGGUUCAUCAUCAGAGACGGCGAGUUCGUCAAGCAGCUCGCAUGGUUACGCUUUGAAGUCGAGCGUGAUCGCGCAGGCGCCGCCGCCAGCGCCUCCCCCCUUUGUUACCGAACCUUACGAGGAACAGCCGCAGGACCAGCCGUACCAUAUAGAGUGUGAAAGAGUAUUAGCCCCACAAGCAGCUAUAACAGAGGGCGACCCCUUGAAUGAGGCGGAGCCCCUCCCGUUAGACGGACGAAGGAGGAGGGAGCCCACACUACGCACUGUAAGAAAACCAGAACACACCGAAGACUACCUACAUUCGUAUAAGUUCAAGAAUUCCAUUGAAAGGCGAUUUUCCAAGUCACAGGAUACAGAGGCGGCGGAUAUGUUGGCGCGUACCGCGCACGCUCACGGGAAACUGUACUCGCACAAGCGGCGCCGCGCCACCAAGCCUGCGCCCUCCGCCUCCACCUCCACCUCGGGCUCCACUGAGGAGGCGCGGGACACAUCGCCCCAGGAUACAUCGAGCGAGUCUCCUCGACAUCACCACUACGACAAGCCGCCCCUUCCAACCCAAUACGUACCUGUAUUUGCCCUAAAUGCCCUCGGAAAAUACUACGUCCCGUUAAGCGUGGACUACGCAUGUCUUGCGAAACACCUUGGACCUUACGACGUUCUCGAUGCGAGAGCUGUUCAGCUCGCAGCGCCAUUACACCCAGUCACGAUCCACGUGAACUUUCAACCGUGUCUCAACUACCACGUCAAACGUGAACCCAGCGACCGUCAAUGGCGAGGUGUAAAUUAA